AUCCUUAUUUAACAACAAUAUAUUUAUUCAUUUCAAAAUUCGUUACAGUAGGCUUCAUGAGUGGCACUCUUUUUUUCACCUUGAAAUUCUUGUUUCUUUAUAAUCCCAUACAAAUGCAUGCAGGACGAACAGUUUUAAGCAUUCGUGUAUGUUAUGAUAAGAAUAAAAUGAAAAAAAGUACCGAACGGAAAAUGUGAAUGUUUUUUUUGCGACAUCAAAAGGUAUGAUGUGUCUGAUUUCACAAAUGUUGAAUUUUUGUAUCGUAUUGCAUACUUUCUUUUUCAGAUUUCUUUGAAUAUUUCGAAUAACUCGACGUAUCAAAAUAAUUGUCGAUACUUUAUACCCUUCGAAUAUUGUUAGCUUUCCUCGUCAGAAAAUAUUCAUGGAAGAUUUUCGAGCGUCCAAUAGUCGUGUAUACAUCAAAUAUCUAGUUAUUCUAUUAUUCCUCAUAGUCAUCGGGUAUACUUACAGCAGAUCAAACAAAGAAAUACUCAAAGAUCAUAAACGUUUCUUGCAGUGUGAAACUCCAGUGGCAACACCCUUACUGUCAAUAUGGAAUCCAUCGCCAACGGCAAGAAAAAAUGCAAUUGCUAUUUUGUUUGAAGGACUUAUAAUAGAUUUAGCGCCUAAGGUAAAAGUGCUUGAUGCGUAUAUUUCUGAUAAUUUGACGGCAGAUAUCAUUAUUUUCCACACUUUAUAUCCUUCGAAAGCCCAUUUACAGUCGUUUGCCAGUACCACUAAACGUCAAGUUAUUUUCUAUAAUAUAGACGCCAUAUUUACAUCGUUUCCGAAAGGAUUCGAUCCCUAUCUAAAUGAACCAACUUGGUCAAAACGAGGCAAAUGGAACUAUCAUCAUAUGUGUCGAUUUUGGUUCAAACUUAUUCUAGAUAUUCCAUUAAUUAAUAAAUAUGACUAUAUUAUGAGACUUGACAGUGAUUCAAAAGUAACGGGAGUUUGGUUUAAUGUUUUUGAUCUGAUGAAAAAUAAAACGGCAGUCAAUUUUGCUAACGUAGAACAAGCAGAUACCGAAGCUAUAUUACCUGGUCUAAUGAAACUCAAAACAUUUACACUAGACUAUCAAAAGAAAUAUGGGAUAAUUCCUAAAAAUCCGAUCAGAUUGACACGAGCUUUUGACAUUCCCGAUCAUAUACGUUUACAUAAUACAAAUUUUGAUAUCUUCGAAAUCGAGCUUUUCAAAAGUCAACCUGUUACUCAUUGGAUUAAUGCAGUGGACAAAAGUUUUGGAUAUUGCGCAACCUCACAAUUUCAACCGUAUAGCGGUUUCCCUAAACACAAGAGUGUGAGAAAUGAUAAACAACUAGCUAAAUUUCAAGAUGAGAUUCAAGCAAAUAAAUUAUAUGAAACGAUUAUGACUUCCUAUCUUAAUUUAAAUCCAAACCAAUUCAUUGAUCAGUUAAUUAGUAUACGACAGAAACAAGCACAAAUUUUGGAAGAACUGCUUCAGUUAGAAAUGCGAAUUCUUGAUAAAUUUUUACCACCUGAACUUGAUCAACAAGAAACGAUAGUUGCACUUAUUGCUUAUAUACCCUUAAAUAAUAAACGUUAUAAAAUGAUACAAGAUGCAAAACGUCAAUGGUU